GCACAGGGCUACAAUUCCUAAUGAUCUGUUCUGUUGAUCAGGUGGCAAUGAAGGUGGUUUUGAAGAGCAGCGACAUGGAUUACCUCAGCAUUCCUGGUCAUCCUACACCCCUUCCGUUAGAGGUUGCUCUAACCAUUCUUGCCAACAAUGGUCAGACCGUUCCUCAGAUAAUCCAGAUGCUGGAGUGGCAGGAGCGUCCCGACUCCUACACAAUGAUCUUGGAGCGUCCCUCACCCUGCGAAGACCUUUUUGAUUUCCUGGAGCGGCACGGAGGAACCCUCAGCGAGAACAUGGCGCGGCACAUCAUGUGGCAGGUAGUGCAGGCUGCCCACAUGUGCUGUCAGCGAGGGGUCCUCCAUCGGGACAUUAAACUAGAAAAACUGCUGAUCAACAAGGAAACUCAUGAAGUAAAACUCAUCGACUUUGGCUGCGGUGACCUUCUGAAGACUUCAGCAUAUGCAACAUUUUGUGGUUUGUAUUGUUCAAGUCUGCAGUUUGAGAUUUUACUUCUUCAACACCAUAUUUUGAACAGCAUCAGCUUUCUUACUGUCACUAAUGAAGAAAAUCUUCUUUUUUCAGGGAUUGAAGAUUACUGUCCACCCGAAUAUAGAUCUUGUGGCAGGGAUUUUGGCAAAGCAGCAACUGUUUGGUCACUGGGGGUUCUCCUAUAUGAACUGCUGUGUGGAGAACCUCCUAAACACAGUUACCUGGACUUGACAGAUGAAAGAACUUGGAUCAAAUCUGGAUUGUCAAAAGGUGAGCUGGUCAGCAAGGAAAGCCAACUGUAAAUCUAAAUGACACAGAGGAAUAAUUCAGUGAUGUUCAUCAGUUUUGGCCUUCAUGUUUCAGCAUCAUCAAAUCUUAUUGUUUGGAUUGUGAUUAUUAAAGCAAGUAGAUGUAGUUUAGGUAAUAAUAAUCAGACUCCUCCAUCUUUCUCCACAGAGUACUGCCAACUGGUCCAGUCCUGCCUGCAGAGGAGCCCCAAGAAGAGGAUCGCUUUGGGGAAACUCAGCAGCCAUCGCUGGUUCAAGGUAUUACAUUUUCUUAUAUCUUUUUUUUUUUUUAGCAUUUUUAUACAGUAUGUUUAUUAUAUACUGUACAAGUGUAACAAGCAUAACGCAUGUAGACCAACCAGUAUUUUGUGGGCUUGUUUUAGGUCACCAAAUAAAGAAAUGAAGAGGAGGUCAGCUCAGUUUCAGAGCCCCUCCAUCAGCUCAGUGUCUGGCAGCCUGACAUGAAUGGACCAGAGCUGGCUCUCAAAGCCACACCCGCAGAGUUCAUUUUAUCAAUGAAAAAAA